AUGGCCGACUCUGACUCUUCGUCCUUGUCAUCUGCGCCGACCUCGGAUGACGAGGAGAUGAUUCAGAAAAUGACGUCGAAACCCACGGGACUGGAUCGAUAUUUUAAGCCGGCACCCAAGCCUGAAGCCACGCCUGAACCUCCCAAACGCGCCCCGUCCCCCCCUCACGAAUAUACCUUGGCCGACAAUGAAGCAAUCGCGUUCAUUGUCAUGUUCAGAAGCCGUUUCAGCGAUGCGUUUCCCAAGUCUCUACCUAACUAUGGCCCGCAAGAUAUUGAGAGAGGGGUCUCGGGAGAACUUCCCGAUGAGCAAGUCGAGAAAUUUCUGUGUGCGCUGCUGGGGCUGGUGUUGAACAGGAAGAAGGACGUGGAACGCGGGCACUAUGGCCGAGCACUCGAAGAUGCGAUCUCUACACAUCACAACCAGUGGCCCACGGCGUGGAAGGGUCGCAAUCCUCUCCACGGUGGAAAGAAUUUUAACAACAUGAGUGCGGAAGAACGUUUGAGCCUCCUCAAAGCACUGACUUUAUGGUCACUCAAUUCCUCCGACGCGGUGCAAGCGCUCAUCAAGGAGUCGUACAAGCAGACGCGGCGAGACGACGAUCGCAACCAGCCGCGCAGCGUUCAGCCCUGGUUCUCAGACCAGUACCGUCGUAAAUAUUGGCUGAUAGAAGGACAAGACGAUUCACAUUUCCGCAUAUAUAGAGAAAAUGAUGGGAAAACGGCAAAGACAAACACCUGGUUCAGCGUGGCGGAGUCCAUCCCCGAUGUGAUUGCUCUGGCAGACAAGUUUGCAGAGGAGCAUACGACAAACUCAAAGGUCAUCAGCGACAAGCUGAGGGCUGCUAUUCCAAGAUUUGAAGCGGGUGAAGAAAAACGCAGACGUCGUGACUACCGCCUAGCCCGCAAAGCCGCCUUCGCUCGACCUGAUCCAGGAUUUUCACUGUAUGAGGGGAGGACCCGAGGCAAGAGAAUGCGAUAUACAUAUUCGGACGAAGAAUACGGGUCAGACGGGACAAGCAGGCGAUCUGCACGCAAUUCGGGUAUUUCUACCCCCUUGGAGAGCGGCCCUACUGUCACCGCGAGUGGCAGGCAGGUAAGGUCAAGACUUGGCGGGAUGUAUGGCGAGAGCAUCCUGGUUGACCAGCGGAAAGAGUUGGAGCGAACAGCAGGUGAAGGACACUUUACCGAGACAAGUGAAGACAUGCCAACAACGAUGCCGAAUGGUCGUGGGGUAAGAACGUCAAGAUCAGGACGACAGGUCAAGCCUCCACGAGCCAGAUACGGUGAUACUCAUGACUCCGACGAGAGUGAGGAAGCUCAGUCGUCAGGCAAAGAGUGGAGUGGCAACGAAGAUGAACCGGACGAGUCCGAGCCAGACUUUGAUGGUGAAGACGAAGACCAAGAGAUGGAUGAAGAGCUUUCGGGAGUGGAUGAAGCAGAAGAGGAUGAAAAUACUCAGGAGAGUCUGGUCGUGCAACUGAGAUAUGGCAGAGGCGGACAGAAACCGGCUCCUAUCACCGCGCCAACGGCUCAACCACAUUCUCCUCAUCAGCAAACGCCUACCAGCAAUGGAAUCCCCGUGGUUGUCAACGGUACAGAAGCAUCAAACCCACACGAAACACCAGCCGAGUCGACUAUGGGUGACACCAUUGAAGUGGCGCCACCAAUCAAGCUGAUGAAUGGUGCCAACAGCAACAAGGCGCCGCUUUAUCCAGUACCACAAUCAUCUUGUCCGGUUGUCGAAAUUCCAGUGCAGCCAAUGAACGUCUCGUGA